GCGCCUGUUCCUCGUGGGCGCGUGGACUGGCGCUGCGCUGGCUGACAGCGGCGGGGCAGGGCCAGGCUCCCUUCCUCCCGCGAGCUUCCUUCCCCGCCCCUUCCUUGCUCGAGGGGCGGGCGGCCCGAUCGGAAAAACCCCCUAUGCAGCCGCCGGGCCGGAAUUGACGCUCCGCUGCCGGAGUCGCGGCUGCCUUUCGCCAUGAGCUGCCUGGAUGUGAUGUACCAAGUCUAUGGUCCUCCCCAGCCGUACUUCGCAGCCGCCUAUAGCCCUUACCACCAGGUAAGUCGCCGGGGCGGAGGGUGGGUGGGGGAGGCGGGGAAGCCCCGGGCGCCGUCGAGGAGGUGCCACUGGCCUGGCAUAUACUCUGGCAUGGCUCAGUUGGUAGAGCAUGAGACUCUUAAUCUCAGGCUCGUGAGUUCGAGCCCCACAUUGGCCGAAAGAUUUCUGCAUUGCAGGGGCUGGACUAGAUGAUCCUCGGGGUCCCCUCCAGUUCUAUAAUUCUAGCUCGAGCUUGGCACAAUAAUGCGUCGCGGGUGACUUAUGAGCGCAGCCGGAGGAAUCGGGGGGCGGAGGUGAAUGGAAUCCUGGGGCUCAACUUCUUGUAUCGCUCCAUUUCCCGCCCCACUCGUAUUCCCUGGAUGAAUAAUAGAAUUGUAGAGUUGAGAGUCUCAAUGGAGCGCCAGGGUCAUCUAGUCCAACCCCUUGCAGUGCAGGAAUCUCAGUUUAGGUCAUACAUGACAGGUGGCCAUCCAACCUCUGCUUAAAGCCUUUCCAAUGAAGGAGAAUCCACCACCUCUCGUGGCCGCCCGUUCCACUGUCGAACAGCUCUUACCGUCAGAAAAUUAUUGAGCUGAAACGCAAAUGGACCGCGGUCCCCUCGACUUCUGGGGGAAUUGAAUUAGCAAAUGGUUCCGUUUUAGUCAGGCUUGUGGUGAUUUUAUUUUAGUUUUCUUUGCAAACGUGUUCAUGUUCGGAAUAGGAAGUGCUCUCGAGAUGGCGGGUGGGGAUGUUUCGCAGCGAGCUCAGCCUGCCCGCCAAUUGGAAUUAAAACUAUAUUACCCAUGGACACCAAAGGUAUUUAAACUUGUUUUCAGGAAUGGGAGAACGACUGUAAUGGUUAGAAGUGUUAAUGAGAUUGUAACAGGAGUUGGAACAAUAGUUCAGCCACUAAUUCCAGAGGUGGCUUUUGGAAUUCCAUUUUUACCUCGUUCUUCGCAGCCGUAUGUGCAGUAACGCUGGCCUUCCUUGCGAGGAUGUCGUAAGCUAACAGCGUGGAUUGCUUUGGACUCGGAAUACGUUGUAUAAAUGCAAACUAUCCCAAAUGAUUAUUUUAUUUUUAGAAACCUGUGAGAAUCGCUUCCUGCAAUUUCGUUCUCUCUGGCCAUUGCAAUUUUCAGUGAGCUUUUAUCUUUUUUCCGGUUAAUUUCCUAAGCUAAGGCGGCGGGACGCGUUCUGCAGCUUUUUGUAAGAAAGUUCAGAACUCUGGACUCGGAAGUAGCAAAAUGUUUCAGCCCUGUUCGUUUGCAUGCAAAAGGCGCGGCGAUAAAUCCGAGACCGGCGCCUUCACUUGCCCCUCCGUUCGUUGUUGCAAAUAAGAGAAGCAAUUCGUUUUCAUUUCCGUCGCUAGAGCAACCUUCCUUGAAUCAAGGAAAUCUGAAUUGUAUUGCGUCGGUAGCUAACGUGCCUCUAACAAAUGUGAGUGGAUUGUUGUUGUUGUUUUGGGGGUUUUUUGUUUGUUUUGCUAGAAAUAAAUUCUGGUUCUUGAAGAGUUCAGAUAAAAAUAAGAUAUCAUUAAGUGAAAAAAAACCUGACAAAAUGCGGAAAUAUUGCCUUCCAUUUAAAGCCCGUCUUGGACAGCAAAAGAAAUUCAAAAGUGUUUCAUUGUGUCGGGCGGAAUAGAAAUUCAGUUUGCAAGGAAAACUGAAGCUCAGCAUUAAAGGAAGAGAUAGCAGGCGGCAUUGAGUCCGACACUCUUUCUGUAUUUCAUGACCGUCUUAAACGGAACAGGCCCAACAAUCCUAGCCGUUUGCUUCCAAAUAAAUGUGGUUGAUAACGCGAAGUUAGGCUCUGCAGGACGCAGCCGGCGGCUAAGUCAAUUUAGUUCACUUUGAAAUCCUUAGGAACGUCUGCCCCGUCGAUUCAGGUUCCUCCAUAAAACGAAUGAAUGUCAGGUAAUAGUUCCACGAGUUGCUUCCUUCCUUCCGAGAUAACGUCCCAAGCGUAGCCCUUGCUAUUCUUUCCUCUUCCCACCGAUGUAUGGAGAAUAAUGCUUGUAAUUCUUAAUUUGUCAGGCUCCUUCUCAGAUAGUUCUGCAAGGCCGGUCAGAAUAGGGUCCCUUGAGAAAGGGCCCAGUUCCCUAUGCCGACUCCGUGCUGUGGCGGCACCUGGCUUCUGAAGCACCUUGAUUAUUAGUAGGAUUUGGAGAUCGCGGUACCUAAUUUUCUUUCCCCGAGACUGUAUUAAAAAUGGGACAUUUCUGAUGACCCGUCUGGGGAGACGGACAGGAGUGACUUGUCCAAGCCGAUGCGCCUGAUGCUUUGCCACAGUAACGAAGCAAAGAGAAGGAAAGCUUCCUGCCCCGAGGAACUUACAAUUGUGCAUUCCAGGCGAGGAGGUGCAGCUCGUGGAAAUGGGAAGAUCACUCAGCAGGGGAAGAGUCCCGUUUGGUUUGUCAGUCUUUCGGCAGAGUGAGGAGCGGGAGAUGCCGCUCUCAGGGCCCUCCGUGGUGGUGAAAAUGGAGCGAAUGAAAAAUAAUUUGCUGGGCUUUCUGGGUGCCGGUCCCUCCCUCCAAUAUCUGCUGCUUGGAGUGGAAGGCCGGUCAGCGCAGGGACUGAGGCAGGCGUGGGUCAGAAUACGCUCCCAAAUCGCUCCAGCAUAAGGAGAGUCCUGCUGGAUCCGGCCCACCGCCCUAUGUAGCACCGUGCCCAACCAGAUCCUCUGCGAAGGCCCCAAGCAGGCCAGGAGGGCAGGAGUCCUUCCCUCCUCCUGCUGUCCCGUCCCCCCCAAGACUCGUAUUAUUCGCAGGCAGAACAGACCUCUGGCCGUGCAAGUAGCCCUUGUGGCCAGUAGCCACUGACUGACUGCUCCGCGAAUGCGUCUAUCCCCCUUUUAAAGCCUCUUUGCUCCUGAGAUGGCAAGGCGUAGCAUAAUUAAAUCGCAGAAAUCCAGAGAGCGGCGAGCCUGGCUGCUUCGCCUCCCGCCCCCUCCAACGUCUUCUUACUCUCCCUCCAGGACUUUUGCGCUGUGUCCGAAUUCAAUUAUUCAUUUUGCAUUUUGAUGGCCCUUGACGGAGGCGGCGGCAACAGCAGCAGCAGCUGCAGACACGCUAACCGCGGCAAAGCAAACGUGGAGAACAUUAAGCAGGCCUUCGAGAUCUCUCUCUCUCUCUCUCUCUCUCGAUCUCUCUCUCAAAGAACCCAGUGAAAAAUAAUCUGGUCCCGUCGGAAAUGCCUCUCUCUCUCUCCCCGUGCCAAGCGGCGCUGUUCUUCCCAAACCGAGUUCGAGUCCUGCCAGUUGCGUGGCUUUCCCGCCGCCUCUUGCUCCUACCAGCACUAAGCUCAGAAAAUAGUCUUCCCAGUGUAGACCACAUGUUUAAAACAACAUCUUCCUCGCUCCCACUUCGUGGGACUCGCCGUUUCUCAGGUUUUUAGUUUUCCUUCUUUUGGUUUUGAUAGUGUUGGCGCUCCGGGGACCCUUCACUGAGAGUAAUUUCACGCGAAAAACCAGGUUCAGGGCGAUCUCUGGCCUGCCAUUCCGGUCUCUUAGAAUCAACAGGGCUUUUUGCUGUUGCCAUAGUUUUAUUUUGUUUAAGAAACCAAAGUACACGAACAUCUUCUGGAUUUCGAUUCGCAUUGUGUCCCAUUCGGACAUUGUUAAAGCUCAGCGCUUUCAUGCGCGAGGUAGUUUGUGGUUGUUGUUGUUUUAUUUUACGAUUCCUCCUGGUGUUUUCCCUUGAAUUUGGACACUUGGUGUCACCUCUUAUCUUUAAGAAGGAAUGGGAUCAUCCGCCUGCUCCAGCUGUCUCGGGCUAGUUUGGAUGCCGCGGACGUCUUCUCUCCUGCCUGCGGACGUCGGCCGUUGCCUGGUCCAUUUCCACCCUGGUCUUGCUUUUGUUCUCCCGCUUCUCUUGCAAAAUACGGAUCGGAGCUAGCAGGAGCGGCGCCUUCGCUUCUGUCCGGCCUGCGCGGCUGCUUUCCGAGGGUCCUCCUCAGCGGCGCGUCGGCCUCCACUAGCCAGGCUCGUCGCCAAAUUUUCCGCCGGCGCUGCGUGCUGCGAGCGAAGCGCGCUAGCCAAACAGAGAAACCCGGAGCGCGUUGCUUCUUGCUGCUCUCCGCUGGCCGCAGCCCUCCAAGCCCAGGGAACUGGGUCAGUUUGCUUCGAUUCAAAGUGUACGCUUUGAGUAGGAAGAGAGAGCUUUUUCCCUCCAGAGAAAGGGACGGGGCAGCUUGCUGUGAUCCAGCAGCUCCUUCAGCCAGAACCGUUGGAGCAAAGCCCUUCCAAAUUCUCUUGCCUGAAAGGUUUGUGGAUCGGGAGAUUGUAAAACCUGACUGAGGCGCAAACCACAGUGUCCCAAAUCUGCCUACUGAUGAAAGGCAAAGCUUGGAGGCAAACCUUCGCAGGAAUCCGUGCAUUUUGAGUGUUGUGUUCACAUGUCCCUUCUACCCACCCCUUCUUCACCAGGCCUCCACCUGAGCGUAUAAAAGAGCCAGAGUAGGUCAGACGCCUGCAGACAGUUUAGACGUGUAGAGUGUUGGUCUCCCGUCCCAUCCCCAGCUUUUUAAUUUUUUUAAAUAGCCCAGCAGCCCUUUGGCAAAGCAAUAGCAAUGAGAGUUUUUGUAGCCAAAGAAACUUUCAGUCUGGAAUAACAAUAAAUCAUACCACCAGUCAUUGAUCAGAGUGCUUAAUUGUAUUUGUUUGUUUGUUAUGGCAUGCAUGGUUUCUCUCUUUCUCAAUACAGUGGUACCUCGGGUUACAUACACUUCAGGUUACAGACGCUUCAGGUUACAGACUCCGCUAACCCAGAAAUAGUACCUUGGGUUAAGAACUUUGCUUCAGGAUGAGAACAGAAAACGUGCCCCGGCAGCACAGCAGCAGCAGGAGGCCCCAUUAGCUAAAGUGGUGCUUCAAUUUAAGAACAGUUUCAGGUUAAGAACGGACCUCCGGAACGAAUUAAGUACUUAACCUGAGGUACCACUGUAUUCUUCUCCCAACAACCCUGUGAGGUAGAUUAGCAGCUAAGAGACUGUGACUGGCUCAGGGAGCUUCCUGGCUGAGUGGAGAUUUGAGUCCUGGUUUCUCAAGUCCUAGUCCAACCCUCUAAGCACUACACCACACUGGCUCUGAAUUUCAUUACACACACUUUUUAAAGUUAUGUAUGUCUAUCAGUCCACCAGUCCAAUGUAUGCAUGUUUUCCUCCUCCAGACCUCAUUCCCUUCUGGUGCACAGAGAGGGGCUCCUACAUGGGUUUGUAGAAAAGACUGGGGAUUGUUGCAUUUCAUUUAUUUAUACACAAAAACUGGGGUUGAGAGGCAGAACUUUCCUGCUGCCUCAUUGCCCUCGAAAUGCAACUGUUUGGCAGGGGAGCCAUUGGCACAUUUCCGAUGGGCAGGCAUGUGUGCACGGACCUUGAUUGCAUUUUGCUCUCUUCCACAGAAACUAGCCUUUUACUCGAAGAUGCAGGAAGCCGCGGAGAGCGCCAGCACAAGCGGCAGCAGUGCCAGCAGCUCCUUCUCCAGCCACACUGCCCCUGCCAGCAUCAAAGAGGAAGAGUGCAGCCCGGAGAAAGAGCGCCCCCCAGAGGCCGAAGUCAUCAAUUCCAGAUGCGUCUUGUUCACCUAUUUCCAAGGGGACAUCAGUGCUGUGGUGGACGAGCACUUCAGCCGAGCCCUCAGCCAGCCCAGCAGCUACUCGCCCAGCAGCUCCAGCACAAAGGCUGCCAUGAGGAGCUCCAGCUCUUGGAGGGGUGAGCUGAUAAGCCUCUUGGCCCUGCAGGACCCUUGCUGCCUGGUCUGUCUGCGCCCGCACUAGAAAACUCUUUGAAUCUGGCUUAACUACUGGUGCCUUCCCAGCAGGGAACUGUAGUUCCGCGCAAGGGGCUAGGGAGAAUUAGCACACAAUGUUGUGCCACUAUAGCCGUAAGGUGUGGUAGCUGUUGUUGAAAGCCAGGCAGCUCAGGGAGCAGCAGUGACCUGUAUACAGACUUUGAAUGGGAUCUAAUGCUUUGGAACAAGGGGCAUUUGGUACAACCUAGGUGCGCUGCUCAUCUGUGAAUGGAUGUGUUCAGCAUAACCCACAGAGUUCUAUGUCUACAGUGGGGAAUGUGUGUAGUGGCUGGGGCAGAAUUAUAUCGCAUGUGUGCAAACAUAAUGGCUGACACAUUUUCUUCAGGGAUAUCUGUUUAUAAGGUAAAGGUAAAGGUACCCCUGCCCGUACGGGCCAGUCGUGACCGACUCUGGGGUUGCGCGCCCAUCUCACUUAAGAGGCCGGGGGCCAGCACUGUCCGAAGACACUUCCAGGUCACGUGGCCAGCGUGACGAAGCUGCUCUGGCGAGCCUGCACCAGCGCAGCACAUGGAAUCGCAGUUUACCUUCCCGCUACAAAGCGGUACCUAUUUAUCUACUUGCACGUAAGGGUGCUUUCGAACUGCUAGGUGGGCAGGAGCUGGGACCAAACGACGGGAGCUCACUCCGCCGCGGGGAUUCGAACCGCCGACCAUACGAUCGGCAAGUCCUAGGCGCUGAGGUUUUACCCACAGCGCCACCCGCGUCCCACUGUUUAUAAUCACCUAUAAAAGAUCUUAUUCUCUUUGAAAUUAGGAAGGGAGCCAAGACAAUAAAGAUUGCGUACACAGUACCAGCUUAAAACAUAGCUAGGUCCUUCUUUUUCCCAAUCUGGAUCAAAGCUGGGGCUUUUUGAGGGGGGAAGAGAUGCAUCAAAACAAUGUACUUCAUAAGCAAUGGCAGGAUAUAUAUGGCUAACAUCGUGGGUAUACCACUUUCCAAACUAGAAGCGGGAACACACUGGAUUCAUAGUAAACAGAAUUGUGUACACAGCCUAAGACUAUAUUAUUGAUUUGGCCUUAUGUGACUUAGUCCCAGGAUAAGGGUACAUAGGAUCACAGCUUUAAUGUGUAGUAGCUACUCCAAUAAAUGAAUCCAGGAAUAAUCACAUUCACCAAGGCUGUAAUCCUGUAGGCUCACUUGGGAGUUAGUGACGCAUAAGUCGCAUUCAACUCAAUGGGCCUUAUUUAUGAAUAAAUGGCAGCCUGCAAGAAUCCACAAACAAACUUUAAUUGGAAGCAAUGAGGGGCAUAUAUUUCAUCUUUUGUGCCUUGCUUCCAAAACAGUGGGGGAAGGAAGCAAUGAGCCACAAAAAAGUAUUAUUAUCAGAUUCCCAACACUAGAUGCAUUGAAUGCUCCGAGUAAAGGACGUGGGCCAGGUCAGAUUAGGCUCUUCUAAACCCUACUGAUCUUAAUAGAACAGUUAAGUGUGUGAAACCUAUAUGAAGCCUCCAUAUUCAGACACAGUAUAUCACUGCAACUAUUUGCGGGGGGGGGGGGGGACUCUGCCUUCGUGCUCUGCAUGUGGCCUUCUGAUAGCAAGCAUCUGGUCAGCCACUGUGUGAAGAGAGAUGCUGAACAAGAAGGCUGUGUUUGAUCCUGCAGCGCACUUCUGUAUUUGGUAAAAAUACAAAGUGGCAAAACCAGCUGCUUGCCUGGCCAUGGGGGUCAAUGGGAGUUGGAGGACCAGAUACCUAUAGCUACAUCUGCUGGAGUACCCUCAUCUAUACAACUCUUAAAGGCACAGGAGCCCCAUGUUCUGUGCUGUUUGGCAGUGCAACCCUACUCAGAAGGAAGCCCCACUGAGUUCAGUGAGGUUUACUUCCUGGAUUACAGCCUAAAUCUUUUCCACUGCAAAAGGUGGGUUGUGUAUGAUGUGUUUUGAAUAGUCCUGUAGGUCCAUGAACUUCUAUGCAUAUGAAUAGAAGGGAAUUCUAUUACAGAAUUCUAUUCUAUAUAGGAGAGGUAGAAUUUUUUUAAAAAACAGGCUAGGGGUGCAUCCACACUGGAAUUUGUUUUGGGGUGGGUACUCUCCCUGCAUCCAUUUUUUUCUGAGGUUGCCGUGUCACCUUUGACAUGCCAGUCCAUGCGUUAUUCAAUUUAAUCUUGAUCCAACCUUUCCAUUUGCCUUUAUGUAUUUUUUUCCUUUUUUCUUUUAAAAAAGCGCCAGCAUCCCAUUUAUCUCAAUAACCUGCUUGCAACUAAACCCUCUCUGGCAGUGCAAUGGUAGCUAGUAGAGCACCUGUUUUGCCCGCAGAAGGUCAAAUCCCCAGGUAGGGCUGUGAAUGUCCCUCGUCUGAAUUGAGAGUCUCUGCCAAUCAUUGUGGACGAUUCUGAUCUAGCUGGACCAAAAGUUCGGCUCAAUCCAAGGCAGCUGCUCACACAUAUGGGAUCAAAAAGUGUGUAGUUUUGAAAACACAAGUUUAAUCCAGUUCAAAAUUUUAGCAUUACCUCUUUGUACAUUUCCAAAGUUUGCAUUAUUAUUAUUAUUCCACUUUCUGGAAUUUACAGGGCUAAACUUUUCACAGGGAGGGGAGAAAUGAAUUUACCCCCUUUCCUGCCAAACUCCAAAAAUCCCUGACGAUGGGAACUCAGCUGCCGGAAUUUCAGAAAGACAAAACAAAUGGCCCAGCAAGGUCUCCCUGGCGCAGCUGCCGGGCCGAGAAGGGCAGAGGGCUGCCCUGCCCUUUGUGGCCCCCGAGAGGCCGUUGUCAAGAAAAUCUCGGCAGCCCCUCCGGGAGCGCAACUGGGGGAAGGGAGAAACAAGCUGGAGCGUCUGCGCCCGGGCGAGCGAGACCAGCAUGCCGGAGGCUUGGGCCGCGCCAGCGCCGUGAGCCGCCGCUUGAGCUGCAGCAAUUAGCAGCGGAUUCCGUUUCUCUUUCGGCGGCGAAAAGCGGCGCUUGUUAAUUCCUGCACAUCAAGCAGCUGUUAAAGGAACAGGGGCGGGAGGAGGAUGGUGAUUUUGGGGUUAUUGGGUUUUUUUAAAAAAACAACCUGAACACAAGAAAACAAGACUUAUUGCAGGAGGACACGUGGCUGGGUUGCUCUCUAACAAUUUACAUGCAGAUCAGUAACAUUAUUAUAACACUAGUUACAGGUAGGUAGCCGUGUUGGUCUGCCGUAGUCGAAACAAAAUUUAAAAAAAUCCUUCCAGUAGCGCCUUAGAGACCAACUAGGUUAUUGGUAUGAGCUUUCCUGAAGAAGUGUGCAUGCACACGAAAGCUCAUACCAAUAACAAACUUAGUUGGUCUCUAAGGUGCUACUGGAAGGAAUUUUAUUAUUAUAACAAUACAGUAUAUUUAUUUAUACCCCGUAUUUUCCCCUGACCAGGGACUCAAGACGGUUUACAGAUAAAAAUAAGAACAGUUCAAAACAUGGGAAGCAUUUUUUUUUAAAAAAAAACCAAUUAAACAUUGAUAUAAUUAAGAGAGAGAGAGAGACCUUGCAAAACUAUCCGUUUUCACCCUGGAAGCAGCUCUUCUGAACUCUAUGGGGGUUUACUUCUAGGCAGAGAGAUCACAGGAUCGUAGUAUCAAAUUCCUUUUUAAAAAGGGAUAUUGCAUGGGACUGUUAAUUUCGGGAUUAAUAUUCUUCACUCUAAAGAGCGAUCGGGAGGCGACAGGUCGCAGCAAGAGACCGUCCCCUUUGACGAACAGACACUCCGCCCCGUAAUGGCCGCGGACAUGGGACAGGGGACAUAAGGGAAACGCAUGGAGGUAGAUAGGGGGGAGCGUCUUAAUUCAAUGGGGAAAGGAAACGAAUCCGGCAACGCAGAAGGCGAGGGAGGGGCCGGAUGGGGAGAGAGGCUGGGGUUUUCCAGGUGCGCAAAUCGCACAUUUAAGAACGGGGUUUUCUUUCCGAGGCUCUAAGAAACGAAAAAUCCAAGCUGCCCGAUAAAGGCAAAGGAAAAGCCCCCAAACAACACUUUUGAGAUGAAACUCAAUGGGAUGCAAUACCAUUUACUUCUGAAUAAAAAGACGUGGGAUGCAAAACGUAGCCGCCUCAUCUCCAAACCUGUUAGGCUACUUGGAGAGAGCAAAUAAUUUUUUUGUCCCCCAAAUAUUACUUAAUGCUUUUUAAGUCCUGGUUCCUGGCGUUGUAGAAAUAAGGCGACCCUGAAGCAAAAAUACAGAAAGUAAGUGAUUUUAAAUAGUUGUAGGAAUGCUUUUGCAGCAGCGGGUGUUCCUGUCUGGAAUCCUCUGGAAUUGUGGCACAUAGCUUACCGGAGGAGAAAUCCCAUUGAAUUCGCCGACUCUGGAGUAAAUGCAAGUGUAGAAUUGCACGGGCUAACGGCACAGUUAUGUGUACAUUCACUCUGAAGGAAUUGUUCAGCAAUGAAAGGUACCCCCAUAAUAUGUGCGCUUAGGACAGCCCCCUUAAAUUCAAGUACUUAACAAGCCGGAGUCACAGACUAGGGGUCUCAUUCCCUCUCCAUUCGAUUCCAAGGCGUUUUGUUUAAUAAUGGGGCCUCCCCUCGCCUUUUUCCACCUUUUUGGCUUUUUUGACUAGGCCGGAUGAUGCCAAGCAACGACUUCUGGGAGAGAGAAAAAGUUGGGUUUUAGAACACGCAUUCACUCUCGAUUCAUGGAUCUUGCUGGGUUUUUAAUCAUUUUUAUAAGCGGACAGGGUAAUGAACAGUAAUAACUAAUUGCUAUCUUAGUUAUUUCUAAUUAGUGUGAUAACUAAUUGCUUUUUUUUUUUUUAGAAAGAGGCAAAUCUUUAAAAUUGGCAAUUAAUUCUCAACUACCAUAACCUUUUUUCUUUUUCUUUUCUUUUUUAAAAAAUGCUGCCUGUAUUCUGAAAUACUGCACCGCAGUAUAUGGCAUUUUCUGGGGAAGAAAGAGAUGGCUGGGGCAUUUCUGGAUACGCUGGGUGAUGCUCUCCAAAAAUCAAUACGGAGUAUGACACCAUGGGCGUAGCCUGGGGGGGCAGCUAACCCCCAAUCAAUAUAAACCUGAAGUUCUGCCCCCCCCCAACAAAUGCUACUCUUCCUGCAGGGAACUCAAGGUGGCAACUAUAUCAUACCUUCCAACAACUUGACAGCAAAAUCCAGGACGCUGUAUUCCAGGACACUAUCUUCCUGUUUUUAUCAAAGCACAGUCACAGCAGCCAGGAAGCAAGCUACUGAAAAGGAGAAAUCUCGAAAUUCAGCAAUAUUUGUUUAAAUGCGGACCUCACCAUUCUAGAGACGUUUACGCAGAAGUCCCAAAGUCAGGCCGCAGCCCCAUACCUGAGAGCGACCCUCACUGAAUUACUUCCGAAUAGCCAUUCUUUUCAGGCAUCAGUCUCUCGAAGUAAACAUGCUUCCACUGGGGUCCAACUUCUGUUUCCCCGGCUAGUUAGAAUAAUAAAGGAUCUGUAGAGUUGGAAGGGGCCAUGAGGGCCAUCUAAUCCACUCCCUGCAAUGUAUGACUCUUUUGCCCAACGUGGGGCUCGAACCCACGAUCCCGAGACUCUCAUGCUCCCACCCCACUUUGCUCGAGCAAGCCCUGGGGUUUUCCAGAUCGGAAGUGCAAAUUCGCUUCUUUAGUGCGCUUCUGCAUCGCCCUUCAGCAAUGCGCAAAAAGUGGGGCAAAAAUCGCCCUUGGAAAACUUGCAAAAUCUCGAACCUUAGCCUUAUGGGGAGCAGCCGUGCGGUCAAGGGCAACACUUCGGAGCAGAGAUCCAGCGGGGGUCCCGGUCAGUGGGAUGAGCAGGCGGGUCCGUGGACGCAGCAGAUCUGAUUUCCCCACUUUGGGAAGUAAGUUUAGCGAAGUGAUAGGCAGGUUACCCUCUGGAAGAGCUCCACCACCAUUAAGUCCAGCUUGGGUCCCAUGCUGUUGCUGGACUACAACUCCCAUCACCCCUAGUUAGAAUGACCGGUGGCCAAGGGAUGAUGGGAGUUGUAGUCCAGCACCAGCUGGGAACCCAAUCCCAGGGACCGCUUAAUCCUUUCCGCUCGGCCCCGAUCCCCAUUCAAAUGCCUCCUGGCGACUAGAAGGGCUGAGAGAGAGAAAGGAGUCCAUGGCAGACUCUGUGACUCUAAAGGGCGCUUCCGUGGGACCGCAGCAGCCCUCCAAAAAUAGGGGCUUACAGGACGCAGCGUGUCACCUCGGCCCCAGACACUCAUAAUUCUGCCUGAAGCCAGUAGCUAAGGGACACGAUCCGCUGUACGUUUGUUCUUAAAGAAGUUCCGCGACUUUCCCGCGUACUCGAAUAUUUUACAGGGUAGCCCUGGUAGGAAAGCACUUGCUCUGAUCAGCGAUUGCUUUGGUCGCGAUUUGAACGCCCGAGGAGCCGCUAAGGGUUGUUUUGGAUACACAGAGGAUGCCGUUGUCUCGAGCUGCAGCCUGAUCUUAGCCAUGCUUCUUCAGAAACAUUUCCACGGGGCUUGCUUCCGAGGGAUCGCAGGCGCAAAGCGUCUUCCCGCCCUGUUUUUUAAAAAAAUAAAAAUAGGUGAGAACCAUGCCUAUAAUGAAGCAUAGUUAAGUUGCAAGGGUAUUAUUUGAGAGAGAUCUGCAAGCUCCCUCAUGACCUUACGGUGAAUGCAGAUCUUCCAUGUUGAGACUUGGUCAUGAGAAAUCUAAACCCCGGCUUACUCAUGAAGCUCUCAAGGUGUCCUUGGUUAAAGCCAGUGAUUAUCCUGCAACCAGAUGGGAUCCUUGUGGUGGCUGCAUGAGAUGCGCCCCCCCCCCAUGGUAUACUUAACACAUUUUUUUAAAAAGAGCGUGUAGAGUGUAAUUUAGAUUUUAUCACUAUGGGAUUCUGUGAGAAUAAUCCCAAGGAUAAUCUCUUGAGAUCAGAUGUUGUUAGGGUUCUGUUAUCUGCCUCAAGGUUCAUUGACAGCUGAGAUUGUCUGUUGCUCUGUGGGAAUCAAAUUGCUUAUGAGCUCUUGAGAAUCAUGGGCUGCUCACAGUGUGGAUCUCUUCUGGAAUCAAGGGUUCAGUGUUCAUCUGGCUCAUUCAGUGCGCUCUCUCUUUAAAAAGAUUCACCAGGGUGGAGUUAAGUUUCUGGAGGACUAGAGACAUUUUUAUUUUAUUUUUUGAAAGAUGCCAGUAAUACUUUUUAGUUAGGAAAGUGCAGAAUAUAUUUCCUUUUGACACAAGACACCAAACAGCUCAUCUAUGCUCAUGUCAUAUUAUUCAACCAAUCUUAAUGCCGGACAGAAUACAAAAGUAAACUCAUGUUACAAUUCAGCUAAUUUCAAUAAAGAUAUAUAAAUGGAUGUAAAGGAUGGAGUUAAGUGACAAUGGAACAUAAAAAGCAAGCUAUGAUCAUUCCAUUUCAGUUCUGAAUGAAUUGCCACAGAAAAUGGGAUGUAUCUAUCCUCAGUCCUCAUCGCUGUAGACCCAUUGAGAUCAAUGGACAUGAUGACUAACUUAACGUAAAUCAAUAGAUUGUCAGCUUGCGUCUUGCAUUUCACUGCAAUUUAAUGCCAAACUUUACUCUCCAUGUCCCUUUACUCCUAUGUGUAUCUGCCAAAUAAAACUGCACUUCAUGUACCUGACGACAUGGACUAAGAUCCACACAAACUUUUGCCAUAAUAAAUUGGUUAGUUUUUAACGUGCUUCUAGGGUCUUGGUUGGACAUUCUAGCCAAUGUGGAUUUUAAUGCUUAUUUUGUAUUUUGACAGAGGCUUUACAUGAUGCAAGGGUAAAAAUCAACAUUAGGGUUCCAUCUAAACUUAAGACUUUCAAUUGCAUACCAGCAAAUUCAGGUUGUGCAGUUAAAGCUGAUUCUGAGCUUUUGUGAAACAAACCCACUUCCCCACGAUAUCCGACUUUUUACAAUGAGGAAAUGGGCUGGGGAUUGCACUCUGUGGGAUAACAGUGGCUUGAUGCAACAUCAUCCAAUCUCACCACAGAAAAGUCAAGGCGAAUGCUCAUCAAGCAGCUGAUGUGGCCUAAUCUCUCCACAAACAAAUCAGGUUGAAUCAGCUCAUCCAGACUUCCUUUUGUGCCACGUUGCUAAACACAGGUCCAUGCUUUAAAGCUUCUUGUUCUAGUGCUCCCCUGCCCAGCGCUUUCCCCACAAAAACAUGUUCUUCAUCGCUGAAUUGGACCAAACAGCAAUCCACAGAAAACCUGAAUUGCUGUUUGUCCCAAUUCAGCAUUAAAGAGCAGGUUUCCCCGAGGUAAGUAGUGGGAGAGGGAGUGCUUGAACACAGAGCUUUAAAAUGAGGACCUUUUCCUAGAAAGUGUGGAGCAAAAGGAUGAGUGUGAAUGAGCUCUUAGUCAUGGUUACAGCUGACCAAUUGAAAUUGCCUAUUAAAAGCAUCACUGGUAAAAACGGCAUUGGCCUUUAUAAUUCAAGGGACUCUUUUUUUGGAGAGCACCCUUCUAUUCUUGAUCUGAAUCAGAAAAAGAGGUUGAUGGCCAGGGUGAAAGUCCAGGAGAGGGGCUAAUCUGAAGACCCUUUAGGUGGAGCAAUUUGCCUUGGAAACAGGUUACAGGAAGGAUGCUUAUCUAGAAAGCACAUGCCUUAUCAGUAGGAGUCCUUGUGGUUCACGGAAUGGAUGGACAUCACACCUUUCUGAUGUGGCUCUGAUGUCCUUCUCCACCUUCCUUUGUUAGAUGGAUCAUUCCCCAUGAGUCAACGCAGCUUCCCGCCUUCCUUCUGGAACAGCACGUACCAGCCCUCUUCAGUGCCUGCGUCCCUGGGCAGCCCACUGUCAGCCACUGCCCACAGCGAACUGCCCUUUGCCACAGCGGACCCUUACUCUCCAGGCUCGCUGCACAGUCACCUCCACCAGGGGCCCCCGGAGCCCUGGCACCCUGCCCAUCACCACCAUCACCACCACCACCACCCUUACAUUGGAACACAGAGCUCAGCCUACCCUCGACCCACCGCUGUGCAUGAGGUCUACGGCCCUCACUUUGACCCUCGCUACGGCUCCCUGCUGGUGCCCGCCGCUUCCGUGCGCCCCCACCGCCUCACGCCCGCCUCAGUGCCCACGCCCGUCAGCCCUCCGUGCGAGCUGGGCAAGAGUGAGCCUGCCACUUCAGCGUGGACAACGCCAGCACCUUUCGCCAGUCCUGCAGGGGAAAUGGCACAGAGUUUAGGCCUCAAUGUGGACACAGGUAAGGCCUGGCAGGUGUAGCUUUCUGUUUCUGUCCAUCCACCCUUUUCUCACAUUCUGAAUUGUGUGUGUGUGUGUGUGUGUGUGUGUGUGUGUGUGUGUUCAUCAUCAGCAAGGUCCCCUUGCUCUACCCCAAAUAAAUGCAAAUAACAAAAUGAACAGUAAUAGAAUACAAUUCCUGCCCCCAGCCCUUCUCAGAGGUCCAGGGAGGCGGGGGCCAUUUCCAGCUUUUGAGGUCCUUAGCCAUAAUAAAAAAAUUUAAAUGACGACACAUGAAAACAAAGUAAGGCACCAAACAGAAACAGAGUGAGACAUAAAACUGAGUUAUUUAUUUCUAAACUUAACAGGUGCUUUUCUUGCCUUUCUGCAAAAAAAUAAAUAAAAAUGCUGUAAUUAUCAAGAAGAAAAAUCUAGCUUUCGUGCAGUGAUAUUAAGUGUAGCAUAUCCAUGCAAACACUCUUGCCCCGUAGCUGAAUGGUGAUAGUUCUGUAGCUGCUUCAACACAUCAUAGGUGGGCUCACUUGAAGCCACUGAUACAGGCAAACUGAGAAAAAUAGGUAAUAUGAUUGUGAUAUCAGGAAACACACCAGAGAGCCCAAGUUCAAGUAUUCCUUGAUGCAACUUAUUAUUCAGCCCUCGGUGUCCAAAAGUUAUCCACGACUAUCUUAGGGAGUAUGUUUACAAAAUGAACAUAACCUUUCCUCAAGAAACUUUCAGUCUUUAUCAAAUUCUUGAAAGAGAAUAUGUUUUCUUGUUAGAGGAGAUGUCUACUAUGUGUUUUCCAUGAAAUACAGAUAUUACUAUUUUUAUUUUUAGUUUAGUGGGUGUGCAAACUUAGGUAACAUCUCUCUCUCUGUGUGUUUGUCUCUCUCUUUCUUUCUCUCUCUAAGGAAAGAAUUCUGGAUUCUACAAUUCAAAAGACUAAGGGUGAAACCAAUUAUCCCUGUAGGGGCCUAGUUGUAAAUAAAACUGGUCACAUCUCUUGUGAGUCUCUGUUGCAUUUAUUCCCCAAGCAGGGAUGACUCCAAGGGGUAGCAACAAUGGGUCCAGGUGCUCACCCUCCAAAUGUUUCCCACUUCCCCCUGCUCCCCUAAUGUGUAUUUUUAUGGAGUUGCUCCUGUCCUUGAGCUCUAUUGUAUAAUUUUCUAAAUUGUCACCAUCCUCUUAAUAAGCCAGUAGGGUGAGCUCUUUGUGUUUGUGAGGGCUCAUCAUGGCAACCCAUUGUUAAUGCCUAGUUUAUAGUCAAGUCACCUCUCUGUUUAGAAAAUGUUUGAUUCAAUUCCAAGUGCCCAUUUUUACAGAUGUGGAACUAAAGGUGAGGGACAGUGCCAAAAGCGGAUUUCCACCAGGAUUCCCUAAAUUCUCUUGUGAAGCUAUCCAUUUGAACUUGGGUUUUCCUUUUAUUUCGAGAGUGCAUUACUAUGCUUUUAGAUAGGUUACCUACCCUUUCAAGAAAAUGGUGGUAGUUGUCUUUCCCCACCCCUGCCCCAUCCUUAUAUAUUUAUACUCCUCCCCCUUUUCUGUUUUAUUUUAUUUCCAUUUUCUCUUUCUCUCUCUCUCUCUCUUUUCUCUGUUCUCAGGUUUACAGCCUCAGGAUAAAAGCAAGGACCUCUAUUGGUUUUAGACCUGCCCUUCCACCUUUUCUUCUUCCCCUCUAGUCAGAUCUCUGCCUAAGUAGGACUGGUGGUGACAGAGCUGAAUCGAGUCGAUUUGUAACAGCUUCUGAUCUUGGUUUACAGCUCGCCGUUAUUCCUUCUGUGGUGGAUCCCUCCUGAGCUGAACUGCUGAUUCUAAAGCGUUCCCAACCACCCCACAACUCCAUCUUCUUUGUCCCCCUCCAUCUUUCAGUAUCUCGUGUCACAUUUCAAGGACAAGAAGACGGGCAAUUCAGUGGGAGUUAAAAGCUGCUUAGACUUCAACUUUCAACCAACAGGACCUAAGAUGAUGAUGGGGUGAUGAUGGGGUUGGGCACCCUCAUCCAUGAACAGUGGCCAGGCCAUUCUAAAGAAUCAAGAUGAACAAAGAAGGACUUUGAAAUUGCUGACUUUAGGAAGCAAAAUGUGUUUGCUGCCGGCACGAUGGCAUGGACUUUUCUUUUUGACUGACAUUUUUUAAAAAAACAAAAAACAAAAACACCUCCACAGUCCUUUUUCAAAGCAGCAUGAGAAGAUAUUCAGAUGUUGUAAAUGGGAUUGUUGUCCUUUCCACUGUAGAAACACAGAAAGGAAUUCUAAACUCCUAGGCACGUUUGGGAUUUUUUUUUUUUUAAAUGGAGAGACCUUUCAGUCUUCAGCAUGGUGAUGAGUGGCAAGCGACUAGCACAGGCCACCUGCCCUCCCGGCUUACACAAAUGCAGCUGUUCAAGAGACAACUGUUCGAAUUCUAGAAACUUGACAACUAAGGUGGCACUUCUCCGAGUUUGGCACAACAAUUGCAUUGGAUAAUGCAUCCAUCCAUAUGUGUAUAUAUAAGGUUUUUAUACAAGGAACGUUUUAUGAUGAAAGAAGAGACCCUUCAAAAAAGAAAAGAAAAGAAAAGGCUCCACAAGUAACAACUGGAGAAAAUUGGGGUGGGGGAGUAAUUGGAUAGACAAAGGGCCCCAUUUAAUAUGAAUGCUCACUGUAUGUAUCUUUCUAGUGGUCAGUGACUGGGUCUCUCUUCUCUUCUUUUUUGAAGGGACAUAUAUGAGAUGUUUAUUUGUAGGAAAGUUGAAUUAAAGAUGUCUCCUUUCACCAUC